GUGUCUCUAAGGCGUGGCUCGGAGGCUCCCCCGGUGCUUUAUAAGGAGGGGAAUCAGUGUAGGGGUAUCAGUGUGUGCUGAGAACCUUGGCAUUGCAGGUCGAACAGUCCCCCAGGAUGUUUUUCGUCGCAAAGUUUGUGUUCCUGUCGUGGGCGGUUGUGGGCUUCGUUCACGCCCACGGGUACAUGUCUUCGCCCGCCGCCCGCAACUCCGCCUGGAGGUUCGGCUUCGACGUCGCCGCCGACUACAACGACAACGAGCUCUCCUGCGGCGGGCGCGGAGUGCAGCACGACAUCAACGGCGGUCGCUGCGGCGUGUGCGGGGACGACUGGCGGCUGCCGGAGCCACGACCCCACGAGCGAGGCGGUCGCUUCGGCCGCGGCGUCGUCACCGCCGACUACAGCGAGGGCCAGGUCGUCCCCGUGACCAUCCGCCUGUCGGCCAACCACAAGGGCUGGUACGAGUUCCGGCUGUGCAGCAACAGCGACGCCGGCGCCAGGGACUCCCAGCGGUGUCUGGACAAGCACCUCCUGGCCAUGGCGGACGGCAGCGGCUCGCGCUACGCCCUGGACGGCUCCAUCCGCGGCGAGCACACCGUCCACGUGCAGCUGCCGAGGGGCGUGUCCUGCGCCCACUGCGUCCUCCAGUGGACGUGGACCGUUGGCAACAGCUGGGGCGUGUGUCCCGACGGCAGCGGGGGCCUGGGCUGCGGUCCCCAGGAGACCUUCGUCAACUGCGCCGACGUCCGAAUCCGUCCUAAGGGCUUCCUUCCCGGCACGGGACUCAGCCCAAAAUUCCGAAAACCGUGGCCACGCCCAUCCUAACCACGACAGCCCUGAUAUUUACUAUUAUUUACUGAUAUUUACAGCCCUGAUAUUAUGUGUAUUAUUUCGUGUUUCGUGUUUCGACUCUUUCUUUCUUUCGACUCCCAUCGUUAUUGUUAUUCAUAUAAAA